UCGAAUCUAACGGAGAGUGCAAAAAGAUGACGACGAGCAUUCACAUCACAGCGCUCGACGGGAUCGUGAACGUGAACUCACUCUUCACCCUCGCCGUCUUCAUCGGACUAGCCUGGAACCCCUCCGACCCGACGAACAGCCUCGUGACCGACCCGAACUGCAGCCCGACGGCGCGCAUGGCGGAGAAUCUCGUCGCCUUCCACGUCUACUCCUUCGCCUCCUUCCUCUUCUCGAGCCUCGUCGCGCUGGGACUCAAACAGGUCAUGAGGCUCAGCAUCGCGGCGCGGGCCCCCUCUUCGUUUCACUUCUCGGCUCGGAUCGAUCCCGUGGUUUACUACGUUAACAAGACGGCGCUCAGAUUCGGGAUGGUUAUCUCCGGUUUGGGAUCGGUUUGCGGGUGUGUGUUUUUGAUGUUGGCUUUGAUUAAUGUGGUUCAGAUUAAGCUGGGGAGGUUUGGGUGUGGCGCGAGUGGGCAUAGUUAUGCGGCGGUUGUGCCGCUUUUGGUUUUGGUUCCUUGUGCGUUGUUUAUUUAUGUUUCGCUUAUGCUUUAUGCUUUUACUCGUUAGAAUGAUUGAUUUGUAUGUUGAUUUGUUGAGAUGUUGAAUGGUGUGUGUGAUUGAGAAUGAGACUGAUUCUUGUGA